GGGCCGGGGCCAUGGCGGCGCCGGGGGGCUCGCUGGUGGCGGCUGUGCUGGCCCACUCGGGCCAUCUCGACAAGGAGGACCUGGGCACUCGCAUCGGGCGUCUGUCCCGCCGCGUGGAGGACCUGAAGGGAGAAGUCUGCAACAUGAUCAACAAGAAGUACAACGAGUUCCUGCCCAGCCUGCAGAGCGCCGAGGAGCUGGUGGCGCAGGUGGAGCGGCUGAGCAGCAGCAUCGACCUGCUGAAGGCAGGCAUCGAGAACGAGGUUCAACGAGAUCUAAACGUUGCUGUGGCUGAGUUUACUGAGCUGAAGCAGCAGCUGGAGAGGGACUCCCUGGUGCUGAGUGUCCUGAAGAAGCUGCAGGAGUUCGAUGUAGCUAUUAAAGAGUACAACACUGCCCUGCUGGAGAAGAAGUAUGUGGCAGCAGCUCAGCAGCUGCAGAAGGCACGGAGCAGCCUGAAGGCGCUGGAAUGCCGCAAGGGCUUUGAGCUGAAGAUCCUGAGAGCCCUCAGCACGGAGCUGACAGUGCAGACACAGAACAUCCUCUACCACCUGGGAGAAGAGUGGCAGAAACUGGCUGUGUGGAAGCUUCCUCCUUCAAAAGAGAGCAGCAGCCUGGAGGCAGUGCUGCAUUCAGAGCUGCACCUCCACACGGUGCCAACCAAAGAGGAGGAGGUUGCUAGCCCACCUGUUGCUUCUGUGCUGCAGGCAUUUGCUGUCCUGGGGGAACUGCAAGCCAAGCUGAAAAUCUUUGGUCAGCUGCUGCUGAAGUACAUCCUGAAGCCUCUGGUCUCAUACCCAUCCCUGCAGCCACUCACAGAGGAGCAGCCAGAUGUGUUCAUCCUACGUUUUCAAUCCAAGAGGCCUGGCUCAGAUCAUUGCUCUCCAGUGGAGGUUUUUGAGAAGAUCAAGCUUGUCUUUGAAGUGCUCCACAAAUACCUGCUGAAUGUGCCUCUGGAGCAGCCUGUGGGGCAGGCAGAGGAGGAGGAGGGCAGGCUCACACUGGCAGAGCUGCUGGGGGACAUGAUCUGGGAGGAGCUGUCAGACUGCCUCAUUCAGAACUGCCUGGUGAACUCCAUCCCAACCAAGAGCAGCAAACUGGAGCAGUACAUAGAGGUGAUUAAAUCCACAGAGGAAUUUGAGAAGGCCUUGAAGGAGAUGAAGUUUUUGAAGGGGGACAUGACAGACCUCCUGAAAUAUGCCAGGAAUGUCAACUCCCACUUUGCCAACAAGAAAUGCCAGGAGGUGAUCGUGGCAGCCAGAAACUUGAUGACCUCAGAGAUACACAACACUGUAAAGAUCACACCUGAUUCCUGCAUAACCCUACCAAAGCUUCCUGAUCUGAGGGCAGGAGAUCACCUCAGCACCCAAAGAGCUUCUGAAUGCCUCCAUGCUGGUGUGGUGACCUUGGAGGCUGAGCCCAAGCUGAGCCAGUACACCUUUGCUCUGCCCACCUGCCGCAUCAGCGCCUCGGUGCAGCAGCUGAUGGAGCUGGCUUACCAGACCCUGCUGGAGGCCACAGCCAGCACAGACCAGUGCUGUCUGCAGCUCUUCUACUCUGUGAGGAACAUAUUCCAGCUCUUCUAUGAUGUGGUGCCAACGUACCACAGGGAGAGCCUGCAGAAGUUCCCCCAGCUGGCAGCCAUCCACCACAACAACUGCAUGUACAUCGCUCACCACCUGCUCACCCUGGGCCACCAGUUCCACUACCACCUCACCAGCGUCCUCUGCCAGGGGGCUGCCACCUUCGUGGACAUGGUGCCUGGCUUCAGGAGACUUGGCAUGGAGUGUUUCCUGGCCCAGAUGAGAGUGCAGAAAGGAGAAAUCCUGGAGAGGCUCUCAAGUGCCAGGAAUUUCUCCAACAUGGAUGAUGAGGAAAAUUACUCUGCAGCCAACAAAGCAAUAAGACAGGUCCUGCAUCAGCUGAAGAGGCUGGGGAAGGUCUGGCAGGAUGUGCUGCCAGUCAAUGUGUACUGCAAGGCCAUGGGGACCCUCCUCAACACAGCUCUCUCUGAGAUUGCCACCAGGAUUGCUGCCCUGGAGGACAUCUCUGCAGAGGAUGCAGACAGGUUGUACUCCCUCUGCAGAACCAUGGUGGAGGAGGGACCCCAAGUUUUCACCCCACUGCCUGAAGAUGACAGAAACAAGAAGUACCAGGAGGAGGUUCCAAUCUAUGUGCACAAGUGGAUGACCUUCAAGGAGCUGAUGAUCAUCUUGCAAGCCAACCUCCAGGAGAUAGUAGAUCAGUGGGCAGAUGGGAAGGGGCCUCUGGCAGCUGAGUUCUCUGCAGCUGAAGUGAAGAGCCUGAUCCGAGCCCUGUUCCAGAACACAGAGAGGAGAGCAGCAGCUCUGGCCAAGAUCAAGUGACUCUGCCUGCUGCUCCCUGGGGCAUCUUCUGAUGGAGCAAGAAGAGACCUGAGUCUUUCAGGUGUUUUUUUUGGAUUUGACCCUUAGCAUCUGCACUGGUACAAGAGUCUCCCUAGGCAGCUGCUUCCUGGAGGCUUGAGGGAGGGUGAAAAACCAUUCCCCAGCUCCCUGAGCACAGAGGGAGGCUCUGGGGCCAGAGGCUCCAAGGUGGGUACCAGUGGACACUGACUGCUCAUGCUCUGUCUGCCAAGCAGAUGGACUUUGGGCUUGAGACCUCCUGCCAGGCUGCCAUGGGGUACUGUGCCCAGAUCCAGCUUUCCCUUUGUGCAGAGGAGAUGCUUUUUGUGAUCUCAGCCAACCACCAUCCUCUAGGACUUCAGCUUCCAGCACAGGGAAAUAAAGCUAAGUCUUGUACCCAGCAUCCAGGCACUGCUGUCAGGUGGACCUCUCAUCCAAGGUGCUCUUUAUUCUCAUCUCAAGCUUGCUUCAGGCUCCUGGAGAGGGAUUUUUAUUUCUCCAUCUUGACUCUUUCUAUGCAGUUUUACACCAACCCCUUUGUGUCCUACCUCUUCCUCCAUCCCUGCAAAUUACAACCCAGGCUGCAGCAGCUUUUGAUACCCUUCUGAGGAUGCUGAAGUGCCAAACCUUUGCUCUUUUUUCCCACCUCAGCUUUCCCUGAAGAGAGUAGAACUUGAGCAGGGAGUGGGAGGGGAAAGAUGCUGCUGGCAGUGAACCAGAGCUUUGCACAGGUGGCAGAAUUCCUCAUGGCAAAUAAAACUGACUUGGAACUUUCAGCCUCCCUUUACCAACUGUCUCAGCCAGGGCAGCUCCUUCCUUUACCUCUUUAGAGAGGUCUGGCACCUGUGGCUUUGCUGGUAGUCAACUUUCUGGCCUUUGAGAGAAGUGAAAAGGGAAUGAAGCACUCAAAGCUUUACCUUCUAAGUUUAAAAAAGGCUGUAGGGAAGAGUUGGAGGAGUUUGCAUUGCUUUGGACUGAGAGACACCAACAGCAGCCAGGAAAGCAGCCCAGAGGCCAAGAUGUGCCACACAGCAAAGCAUCUCCUGCCAGGUAGUGCUUGCCACCUGCUCACAAAGGUUUUGCCCACAGAGCUUCAUCUCUCACCCUGUUGUUCUCUCCUGUUGUAUCCUUUGCACUGCACUUGGGCUGACUUCACUCUUCCCAAGCAGUUCUGCAGGGCCUGGCUCAGAGCUGGGCUUUGGGGUAACACCCAAGUCGUGGCACAGCUCAGUGGCUGCCUUGCCUGCUGGGUCAGCCUGGCACAGCCUUGGCAGGGGGUGAAGAGGUCCAUUUGCUUCUGGGUUUAGGUGGCAGGCAGUGAGAGCAGCAGUUAGAGCCCAGCAGGUGGGGAUGGACCUCAGGAGGGUGAGUGAGAGCCCAGCAGGUGAGGAUGGACCUCAGGAGGGUGAGAGAGAGUCCAGCAGGUGAGGAUGGAUCCCAGGGGGGUGAGUGAGAGCCCAGCAGGUGAGGAUGGACCCCAGGGGGGUGAGAGAGAGUCCAGCAGGUGAGGAUGGACCCCAGGGGGGUGAGUGCCACUCAAAACUCUUAAUUUUUCCCUUUUCACCUCCCAGUAAUUUAUCUGGAGGCUGAGAACAUUCUCAUAACCCUUUAAUCCCAUGGGAAUCUUCUGCCCUCUGCCACACAGCAACCCACCUCCCCCCUGCACCUCUUGCAGACCCCUUCCCAGCCAGGAGGGCUGCUCACAGGAGGAGGUUUGCUCUUGUCUUCAAUAAACUUUUUACUCUGA